CACAACAUGGCGGCCUCCGCGGGGGGCGGGGCGGAGGAAGCGGAAGCUCCUCCGCCCCGCCCGGAAGCGCUCGCCGGGUCCUGAUCGCUAUGGCUGAUGAAGAGGAGGACGUGCCGUUUGAAGAAGAUGCGGAAGAAGCCGGCGGGGGCCUGGACGGCGGGCAAGGCAAGAGGAAGAGGCUGUUCUCCAAAGAACUAAGAUGCAUGAUGUAUGGAUUUGGGGAUGACCAGAACCCUUACACAGAAUCAGUGGACAUUCUUGAGGACCUGGUAAUAGAGUUUAUCACAGAAAUGACACACAAGGCCAUGUCAAUUGGGCGGCAGGGUCGUGUACAAGUUGAGGACAUUGUCUUUCUAAUCCGCAAAGACCCCCGGAAGUUUGCCAGAGUUAAAGACCUCCUAACUAUGAAUGAAGAACUGAAACGAGCCAGAAAGGCCUUUGAUGAAGCAAACUACGGAUCUUGAUCCUGUGCGUGGGCUGCACUGGGCAUGCAUUACUUGGGCACUUGCUGCCCAAAAAGGGAUAUCGUGUGGUGUUUGGAGGGGUUAUUCGGGAUGGAGAUCACUGCUGGGAUGUCUGCCCUCGCUCCCAGCCUUUUCUGAAAAAUAUUCAAGCAGCUGAAUGUUAUCUGAUUGUAUGUGGUAUACUUAGGUACUUUUAUACCAUUUUAAUGAAGUGAGAGAAGAGUUCUAAAGAUUCUUGUAAUGGCAGGAAGUCUGUUUGAAGGAGGACUAUGUUGAAUCAGAUAUUUAGAGGGCUAAUAAUUCCCUACAAAUAUUUCAGUUAUCACUAGGUAUUCCUGUUACAGGAAACCUAGAAAAUGGAUCUUGGUUAACAGAAGAAAGGCUUCAAUGCCAAACUGCUAUAGAAGUUCUGCUCUUUGCUCUGUAUAUGCUCUUUGAAUAAAACAUUUUAAGCUUGUGCCCACUCCUCACAACUAACAUUGAUCAAUUCACACAAGAUGCAUAAUACAGGGCUUUUAGCACUUAAUGGGCUAGGAAGGUUAUUUUUUCUUUGGUCCCAACGAGCACAGCUCUUUUGGUUUUUACCACUAUUAAGCCUAAGAAAAUGAAGUUAACCUAUUCCAGAUUUACUUGUACUUACAGCCUUUCCUUACUCCUGCUAUGCAGGUGUGGUACAUUAAAGCAAUUCCUGUUUUUCAUUUCGA